GCUGAGAUAAAGGUAAUAACUAAGCAACAGUAUAGAGUGUUAUCGUCGGAUACUGAGAAAAAUACCAACAAACUUCCCGCGUUCACUCGCUGUUUCAUUCGACUUCCUAACACGUAACUCAAUCGAGCGAGGAGAAACAAAAAUGGCUUCCACCACCGAACCUACGGCAAUGGCGACAAACUUUAACGAUCCGAUGAAGCUAGCCAUUGCCAUGGCUCUAAUCCGAUCCAAACUUUUCUCACAACAUGCUUCUUCUUCUAAUUCCUCGUCCCGUCUCCUUCACUGGAAACAAAAGGCCAAAAUUCGCAAGCAAGAAAUUGUCCGACUCACGGAAGACCUCAAGCAUCUCGAAGAUGAUUUAAGACGCGAUCUUUAUCCAGAAACUGCGUCUUGCAAGUGUUACUUCUUUAAUAACUUGCAGAUCAACAACUUCACCUCUGAUCAUAGCUUAAAUGAUGUUCUUCACCGUAGAUUUCUCAGAUUAGUUCGUUUGCAUAAGAGAAUUAAGAGAAAGGAGAGCAAUUCAAUGGAUCAUAGAGUUUUUUCAGAAUUUAAUGGAGAAGAGGGGAUUGAGCAGCUAAAGAUAUCAGCUGAAUUUCUUGUGGAUCUUUGUGAGACACCUAAGCCGGUGAAGAAACCUAAUUUCACGAACUUGGCGCAUCAAGCAGUGGACUUCAUUCUAGGUUCUCUGGGUCGUCUUUUGUCAGUGGAAAUGGGAGCAGAUAAGCUUGAAGGUACCAUCAGCAGUUUAAUUGUGCGUCUUGUGAAACGGAUGUGUACACCUUUUGAAGAGGAGCUGUGUGACCCCGAAAAUGAUUCACAAUUCCAUAUUCAACAUGUUUGUCGUACGCUUGGAAGUGCCUCUUAUAUUGGACAAAGAUUCAUGCUCUCUGUAUGCCACCGGAUAUCCGAACUGGCAGGACAGUUGCUUUUACUGGAUCCAUUCGACGAGUCUUUUGCUCUCAUACAUGAUUCAAUGUUUAUGAUGAUUCAGCUUAUUGAGUUCUUAGUCUCAGACAACUUAGUCACUUGGUCGAAGGAGGAGGGUUUUGAGAUAAGGCUGUUUGAAGAGUGGCUGGAUUCGUUUCAUAAUGCCCGAAAAACAUUGCAAUCACUGGAGAAGAGGUCAGUGCUUUAUGCACUUUACAUGGAUCGAGUAGCUGGUGAGUUGGCUAGACUUGUUGGGCAAGUGCCGUCUUUCCAGAAGCUGGACCAAGAUAUUCUUGAUCAACUGUUUAGAUAACAUUGUUAAUGUUUUUAAGAUGACUACAUCAUUAAUCACACAAUAUAUAUUGUCAAUAAUUUGAUUCAACUAAAAUUAGGUAAACAUAACACACAGGCAUGAAAGUAUUAUAAGAAAACAAAAGUCACAUUUUCUUGUC